UCACCUCGCUCAGAUGUUUUUUUUUGUGUUUCUGGUUUGUUUAUGACGCGGUUCACUGUCUCCGUUAGCUUGACAGCUGACCAAGACUAUGCUGUUGUAAAAACGCGCUUUAUUGGUGCCUUUAUAGAAACCACUGUGCUGUGAAGGACACAGAUUUACAAGAGGGUAGAAAGCUACUAGCAAUAGGCGUUGGUCCGCCGUGCGACUAGAUUACAUUUGUUAGCCUUAGCAUUUUGACUAGCAUUCUGUAACGUUAUGCCGUGACGUUGGAUUAGAAAAAGUGGUUGACGACGCCCGGGCAAAGUAUUUUAAAUUAUAAUACACACACAGAGAGGACACGUGCAUGUGUGUGACACUUUGAUUCACAGGUCAGGCUUUUAAACAGCUGCCUGGAGACUAUAUUUGAGUAGCUUGUAAGCUAAAUUCAUGUUAGCAUGGCGUCAGAUACAAGUGACACCGAGGAAUUCCAUGAUGCUCCCGAGGACUUUCACUUUACUCCAUCUCCAAAAGUGUCACCUGCAAAGUUUUUCAUUCCUUCUCCCGAGAUACCGGUAAACGCUGCACAAGAUGGGAGAUGUGGAGUGGCUGCGUCCGACAAUCAGCAGGAUGAUCCGCUACUGAUCAUUGAUAGCAUCAUUGAGGAGAGUCAAAAGGGAAGUGUUGGUGAAGUCGGCGAGGUGGCUGAGCUGUUGGAUCAGCUUCAUGUUGAUGUGAGAGAGGAACCGGAGGAAGAGGAUAAUGCUCAGGAAGUUCCUGCGGAGCUAGCAGCGCCGGCUGUCGAACCUCAACCUGCCGAGAGACUGGAGGAACAACAGGAAAGCGCUGCAACAAACGGAGCCUGCUGGAUACCUGAAGCCGCAGCUCUCCCAGGGCCAUCAGUCGGCUCACAAGAAGGCGUUCAGCCCCCAGACAUCACCAGCACCGUUAGACUGAGUCACCCUGGGGGGGCUGGGCCGGGUGCAGAAGGGGAGCCGGAGCAGAGACCUGCAGAUAUCUUAGACCAGGUCCCAUUCACAGACGGGUCGGCCGACUCGGAUUCCUCUGGACCUCUGAAACCCCCGCGUCAAUUCACAGUGGAACCUGACAUUGUAGCAAGCACCAAGAAGCCUCCUCCCUCACGCCCACCCCCUCCGAGCGGAGGACCUCCACCCAGGCCGCCCCCCCCAGCUUGGCAGACUUUACCUUCCAGGAAGUCUCAGGAGUGUCUCAGACCGAGUGGACUGGAAGUGUCUACAGUCAGCUGUGAGGUCCUGGAGCCCUCUGGCCUGGUGUCCCCCAGCAGCACGGUGAGGAGCCUCACCAAAGAGCUGCAGCAUUCCUUGGAUCUGGCCAGCGCCACCAGUGGAGACAAAGUGGUCACAGCGCAGGAAAAUGAGGAUGGACAUGCCUCGUCUGACAAUGGAGGACAAACUCCAGGCUCUCAGCGGCCACGUUCUAACUCUGGUAGAGAACUGACAGAUGAAGAAAUCCUCGCCAGUGUGAUGAUCAAGAAUUUGGACACUGGAGAAGAGAUUCCUUUAAUCCAGGCAGAGGAGAAACUUCCUGCGGCGAUCAACCCCCUCACUCUGCACAUCAUGAGGAGGACCAAGGAAUACAUUUCGAAUGAUGCAGCGCAGUCAGAUGACGAUGACAAGGCUCAGGCUCCGCUGGCAGACACAGACGGAGGAAAACUGAAACAGAAAACGACCCAGUUUAAAAAGUUCCUGGGCAAGUCUGUGAAGAAGGCCAAGCAUCUGGCUGAGGAAUACGGAGAGAAGGCAGUCAACAAAGUGAAAAGUGUGCGAGAUGAAGGUAGAAGAACAAGCAGAAUGUUCCACACAGAUCAGGACGAUCCGUCAUCGAGUGACGAUGAGGGCAUGCCUUACACCAGGCCGGCAAAGUUCAAGGCAGCACACAGCUUCAAGGGCCCCUUUGACUUCGAUCAGAUUAAGGUUGUGCAGGACCUGAGUGGAGAGCACACGGGGGCCGUUUGGACGAUGAAGUUCUCUCACUGCGGGAGGCUGCUGGCCACGGCAGGCCAGGAUAAUGUGGUUCGCAUCUGGGUCUUGAAGACUGCUUUCGACUACUUCAAUAACAUGAGAUUAAAGUACAACACUGAAGGUCGAGUUUCACCGUCUCCUUCUCAGGAAAGUUUAUGCUCCUCUAAAUCUGACGAUCACCUGGCAAGUUGUGCUCCAGAGGACCCAGACACAGAAGAUAGAAAUACCCCUUUCCGUCAGGUUCCCUUCUGCAAGUAUAAAGGACAUACGGCGGAUCUUUUGGACUUGUCCUGGUCAAAGAACUUCUUCCUGCUCUCCUCUUCCAUGGAUAAAACGGUACGAUUGUGGCACAUAUCGAGGAGAGAGUGUCUCUGCUGCUUCCAGCACAUUGAUUUCGUCACAGCCAUUGCUUUCCACCCCAGAGAUGACAGAUACUUUUUAAGUGGCUCUCUGGAUGGGAAGCUACGACUCUGGAACAUUCCUGACAAGAAGGUGGCUUUGUGGAACGAGGUGGACGGCCAAACACGCCUCAUCACCGCAGCUAACUUUUGCCAAAAUGGGAAGUACGCCGUCAUCGGCACGUACGAUGGCCGAUGCAUCUUCUAUGACACUGAGCGUCUGAAAUACCACACUCAAAUUCAUGUGAGGUCCACCAGAGGCAGAAACAAAGUAGGACGCAAAAUCACCGGCAUUGAGCCUCUGCCUGGAGAGAACAAGAUUUUGGUGACCUCAAACGAUUCCCGCAUUCGUCUUUAUGACCUGAGGGACUUGUCUUUAUCCAUGAAAUACAAAGGUUAUGUAAACAGCAGCAGCCAGAUCAAAGCCAGCUUCAGUCAUGACUACUCCUUUAUAGUCAGUGGUUCAGAGGAUAAGUACGUGUACAUCUGGAGCACUUACCACGACUUGAGCAAAUUCACAUCUGUACGACGGGACCGCAAUGACUUCUGGGAAGGAAUUAAAGCACACAAUGCAGUGGUCACCUCAGCAGUUUUUGCACCGCACCCAGGCCUUAUUGUUCCGCAAGAACCUGGAGCAGACAAACCAGAAGCCGAGUGUAAGAGCCUGGACUCCACUGACUCUGAAACCAUACCCUCAGGAGCCCUAAAGACGGAUCACACAGAGGUUCUACUCUCUGCUGACUUCACUGGAGCCAUCAAGGUUUUCAUCAAUGUAAAAAAGUACUGAGCACUGCAGAGGCGGUCCGCUCCUCACACUCAGGCCCGUCUGCAGGGGAUCAGUCCUGAAGACGAAGGAGAGUCUGUCAGGGGACUUCUGAUGCCGCCCAACAACCUAGGGGUUAUCGAUCUGACACUAAAGAGCCGUCUGUAGCCUUCUUUCAGGGAAACGGGGACCCUAAAAUAGAAGAGGGAAUAGAUGGACUGUACAAUAUAGAGGUGUGAAGCCCGGUUUCUAUUUUUUAUCUUGAAUACCAAGCAACUGUGAACGGUUCUGCGCUAAGGAAAAAAAGAAUCGGAAAUGCCCAGCGGGUGUGGUCUGUUCAGAUACAUGCGUGUUCAUUUACAGCUGUGUGGUCCGGACGGAGUAUGGCAAGAUAAGGUUAUUCUGUAACAGUAUGGGCACCUUACUUAUUUCUUUCACUCCAACAUUUUAGAAAAGCAAAGUCCUAAUGUCAGUCACAAAUGUACGUGUGUCUUAAAGAGACAUUUGUCUUGGAAGCAAGGUGGUUUGAAAUGAUUUGUGCCUAAAUCUAGAUCACUUUUCUAAAUUCUACUUUAAUUUAUCGAACAUUUUAGUAGGCGACACAAAAUCUACGGUACAUGAAAUCAGUAAAUGGUUGUUAAUGAUUAGGGCUGGGUAUCUUUACAUUUUUUCAAGAACAACACUGGCUCUUAAGACCUUUUGAUAUUGUUUUUUUUUCAAUGAAAGCACAUGUCAUUGUUAAUGUGACUGUAAAUUCAGUGUGUAACAUUGCAUACUUGCUGCUUUUGUAAACAGAACCAAAUAAAGCCCUAUUCAUUUACUCAAUAAAAGUCCACACAAACGAGAAGAAAAGCGUGUUGACAACAUUUUUUUAAAUGACCAGUAAAAAUAGUUCUGAUACCUGGCCCUACAAAUCAUAUCCUCCACACACACACAUCUUUUAUCACCGUCCGUGAUUUAUUUAGUGUCAGAACUCUGCAGCACGAUUCAGCUUAUCAUUUUAAAAACAAACGUUAAAACAAAAAUAUAUAUAAUUAGUUACAGUGUUCAAACUUUGUCAUACAAAAAAAAAGACUGCCGAGUCUUGCAUGGAGAGUGUGAGUUUAGGACCAAAACAGCGGACAUGUUGGUCUGUUUUUUAGAGGGUUGUGUAUCCCACGGAUACCAGCAGGGUUGUGGAUGUCCAGAGCUGAGAGUCAGUGUUUGCUCUUCUUCGCUUUCUUAUGGGAGCGAUGUGGCGACCGUGACCUGGACUUCCCGGUUUUCCGAUCUGGAGAUGGUGAUCGGGAACGCUUGGACCAUUUGGGAGACCUUGUCCUGUUUGAAAAGGAUUGAGAGUUAUCAGACUGACAGAAUAACGAUCGGAAUGAUCCACAAAAACACCUCAUGGCACUUGCUUUAAAGGAGAGAUGCUCCUCGACUUCCGGGCGUGGUCGUCGGGAUCUCUGCUCCAUCCUCGUCUCCUGACGCCGUCUUCACUUCUUUUGCUCCGAUCUCUGUCCCUCCUGUCAUCCUUUGACCUGUCUUUGGACUUUGAUGUCAGUCUCUCGUUUUUGUCGUCAUCUUUUUCAAACUCCUAUAGUACACGGGGUGAAACAUCCCAAUGAAGUCAGAUAAAGGCUUUUAUUGUUUCAGUCUGUUAAGAUGCAAAAUACAACUCAUAACUGGCUUGUAAUUCACAAAUCUAGCAAUUCAUCCACGACAUCCUGCAGGUUCUCCACAAGGGGGAGCUGUUUCGUUUGUAGGAUCCCUUUAACACUUGCUUACCUAAACCUAUAGAAAUGAAUGAUAUCAGCAUUGACACCUUCAGGCAGGGAAGGCAACAGAUUUGUUUGGGGAAGAAAACUCUUGAGUCAAAAACAAUAAUUGGAGCAGUGUGACUGUAAACUGAAACACUACAAACACAAAAAUAUUUGUAUACCAAGAACUCACCCUGUGUUCGUAACAAACUAAUCUCAAAAAAUGUAGAAAAGUCUUUUGAAUUGAGGGAAAUGGUGGCCUUGUUUAACAGAGUUUUAAAUGGAAAUGUGUGAGUGAAAAUGCCCUGUUUUGUAAGAAGCGAGCAUUCUUCUGGGAAAUGAAACUUGAAUUACGUGGCGAGAGUUUAGUGAACGUGGCAGAUGGAUGUUUUGAUUAAGUUUUGCUGUUGAUCAAAGCCCCAAUUUACCUUUUUUUCCAUCAAUCAUUUUCUGUAUUUUUUGGUAUUUCCUUCCACUUGGAGGCAUGCAAUGAUAUACAAGUUUUAUUCAAAAACUCAAGGUACCACAGUAAUUGAUCAUCAGUAUCGUGUGGCUAAAAUAUUCAGAAAAUACACAAAAUAAACAGUUCUAGUAAAAUAACUUGGAAAACACAACAGGACACAGACAGCAGCUGAAGCACCCUUAGUGGACCGGACUCCAUCUGCAGAUCUGACACGGCUUUCUAACUAGCUUUGCAGUUUCACAUCGGGCGAGUCUGUUUUUAAAUGAUUUGCAUCAGUAACACUGGUUUUUUUUACCAUGCCAACUGACUAAUUUCACAGUCUAAUUUUAAUGUACUAAUAGCAAGCACUUUUGUAAAUUUUGCCCCAUGCUGUUCUUGAUUAAACAAAUGUUUCUAUUA